CCGAGUACUUGCGCGCCGACGCGCACUCGUCGGUUGAGGUCUUGUCCAACAUCCCGAGCCAUCUCUGUGACCUACAGUCGACCUAUCCCCGUUCGGGAGCCGCUGAUUCGAGUCCUGAUCGCCUUGGAGGCUCCUUCCUUCUGCCGUUCAUGUCCAUGUCGCGAUAAACCAGCCUUUCCAUUCCUUCCGAUCUCGUCCGCCGCCAGCGUUUCGAAACGGGCCGCGAUAAUUCUACCCAUUGUUCCUCCCCUCGGCAAUAAACGUCACGUCAACCCGUGAAGCCCUCGCUAUGGCAUCACUUAGCGCCUGCAAUCCGGGCCUGCGGUGUCUAGUAACAGGAAUCCAGCAUACUGUCUGAGAUGCUGCCAGUAUCCAGCGCCGAGAUGAAUUCGCUAUGCGCGCCCUGUAUCUCUGUCGCAUUGGAACUUAGCGUGUCCUCCCUGAAAGCGUGCAGGACAGUGGUGAUGAGAUCGGUCUCGUUCCUCUCCAAUCUUCUUGGGUCCUGCCCUGCGGAGAUCGGAAUGACUCUGUUUCUCUUAUCGGAAGCCUUGACCGCAGCGGUCAUGGUGGUGCGGGGUGGUACAGAGUGCACGGAACCCCGAGGAAUUCUACUUCGAUAUCAGUAUUUGGAUCACAGCCUUCCGAUCUUCAAAGCUUCGCGUUCAGGGAGAGUUGGGCAGUAAUGGAUGUCGUAAAAUCUGGAUUGGAUUGGCCUCUAGCGAAAGCACAUUAGACGCUCUCAAAAUGGCGCCCGAUAUAUUCAUGUCAAGUCCCGACUGAGAUUGUUACAGUCACAAGGCAAUUGAUUAGCUUAGCAACGCCAAGCGACCUUCUCUGGUUAGAACGCUUAAUCGUGCUAAUACUGUUCCUGCAGCCCACGACCGAUGAGAUGGAGAUGCUCAACAGGCGAUAUCACUUAACAGGACGCGUGCAGACGAGACCGCUCAAUUGUUUGACGUACUUCCAGCAAGCGUGACCCAGAACUGCAGCCCAGACACUUCAUCUCCAGGCUAUAUCCGUCGAAUCGCUUACAGUUGGUUACGGUUGGUGUGGGCCGCCGGCUACUAAAUAUCUGGUGUCUCGGGCUCAGGGGUUCUUUUGGCCGGUUGUCGUCUGCGACACUCAACCUCAAAACCUCUGCUUGCCUCUAGGCCCGUGGCUCAGCACUUUCGUCGUCGUCCGACCUUUUCACUCUUUUCAUACGGGCUGGAUCGCUUCCCGUUUUACUUCUCCUUUCUUGCCGGUCGGGACGUGUUGCAGCUAGCUGCUCUGUUCGCUUUCGAUGUAUAAGAAUCAGAAGCUUAGGGAGUGGUGGAAACAUGUUCUUGUGAUCACUCGGGUCAAACUCAUAUUCGAGAGAAUCGCACUCACUCGCUACACCACGCUUUACUUCUUCCUCGCUCUUCUGAGCUGCAUAAUCCUGGUCGUCCUCCAGUCCACCACGUACCUGAGCAACACUGAAGGCGCUCAAGUAGUGCACGACUUUCUGCGCGCCAGCAAUGUCACCAGUGCCUUGGGAGUGUCGUUUCUGUCCGACGGACAUGUAAUGCUCUGCGACGAUAUUCCCAUGCAACCUGGCACGCAGUGCGACAUUCUCGUGCACCGCGUCCACGAUCACAUCCAUGUUCGUCGCCACUAUGAUUUCGGCUCGGAAUCGUUGGGCAUAGGUGGGAUCGAUGAAACACAGCAGUGUGCUGUUUCUCUGAUGUGGCUCAGCAGUGUGUUGCAGGAUGCUCGGACCGAAGAUAUCGUCACACUUGCCUUCCAAAUCUGGUUGCUGGCUCUUUCCGUCGUCACCCUACUCAACGAGAGCCUGCCUCAUUUGAUUGCGGGGCUGGCUGCCCGUACGCUGGCCAUUGCCUGGGGCAGCUUCCGCGUCCGAGGCAACAUUAAUUUGGUGGCUGUCUAUUUCAGCGUCAUCGACUCGGGACCCUGCCAGGGUAGGAACAUCAUGGGAGACUGGUGGAAACAGAACAACUUGCACGAUAUCGCUGGAUUGGUCACAAACUCGGUGAACGCCGUUCUCAUGGCAGGGCUCUCGUACAAGCUGUACCAUGUCUAUUCCUCGCAAACAUUCAGCCGUGUUGGAGCGGCUCCGGAAAUCCAUCGUGUUUACAUGCUCGUGUUACUGUUCUCUGUUGUUCUUCAACUCGCGGGAUUCUUCACUCUUGCCCAGGCGGGUCUCUGGGUAUGGAAAAUCACGAGGGGUUCUAUUCAGCAGCUUGCGGAUAACCUCCAUCUUUAUGUUGCCGGUCUGGUUGUGACAACUGUGUUGAUUGUCCCUUGGCUCGUUAUGGGAUGGACGAGUGUCCGAAAAGAAUCUCGAAUUCUUUUCGGAGUGUUUUGCCUCAUUUCUGCAAUCCUGCUGAGUGAGGCAACUGCUAUGUUUGCGAGUCGAUUAAACCAAUUUGUUCUCGGCGCGUGGUCGUUCUAUGCGACCCUUUCUAUUGCUGCCUAUAUCCUACUUGUGAUCACCUUGGUCCUCGCUAUCGCAUGCAGACUUCAGUUUGGACUGGGGCUUGCACACUUCCUGCACGUCACCAAAGCUUUAGAUGCCGACGAUUUUACUCCGGUCUACUUUUCCAAACAAGCUGAAGUCAAGGAGUGGGACGACAUCGAAAAGAAGGCCGAAGAUGCGCAAUCCGAGUUCCCUGUGCUUUCCUACAAAUAUUCUUACGGUGAAACCGGCAACACUCGGUCCUCGCUUGAAGAUCCAGCGUCACCCGACCUAUUGAAGCAACCCGUCCCCGCCCGGACCCGCAGAUUGGACACACUCUCGACUAUUCUGCUUGCAGACAAUGGCACGCCGGGAAAGACCAUCAAACUCUCGAGCACACCCGCGGUGGCUAGGCAAGGGGGCAAUCCCUCGCUCACGUCAUCCGUUAUUCUCCAACCUGUUAUGACUCGCAGCUCAAGCAAGAACAUGGACACGUUUCCUCCACAGCGUAGCAAGGGCAGACGCCCCCCGGACAUUGUCGUUCCGCCGGCUCCCGAACUCGACGCCGUCGCAGCCCCGCCAAGCUCCAGCCCCAAAUCCCGUCGCUCCCGAUCCGAGUCGGGCGAAGAACAUCGGCGCCGCGAGCCUACGAAGAUCCUUCCGGCCCACACGCGCUCGGCCUCGCUUCACCGGGGCCCCGUGACUGUCCAUCUCAAGAAACCCAGCGGCGAUAACUUUUUCUGAUUAAAUUUCGUAUGAGGAAAGUAGUGUGUGUAUAUGUAGCUCUCUCUCUGUAUAUGUUUUGGAGCCCAUAUUAUUUUGAUACGGAAUGGUAAUCAAUGGCCGUGCCAGAGAACGCUGUUCUAGAUAAGAUAAGAUAAGAUACCGUGACCUAUG